CUCAUCCAUUCCUCCGUGUACCAGUGACUGAACUCUUCCUCUCUUUCCGUGAAUCUCUCAGUCUUCUGCUGGACAAACGUCUGAGGACCGACUGUAAGAACCAAGGGGCCAACAUCCCCUGGCCGGCCUCCAACCGCUACGAGACGCUGCUGAAGCAGCGCCACGUCCAGCUUCUAGGCCGCUCCAUCGACCUGAACAGACUCAUCACUCAGAGGAUUUCCGCCGCCCUCUACAAGUCUCUGGAGCUCGCCAUCAACCGCUUCGAGAGCGAGGACCUCACCUCCAUCAUGGAGCUGGAAGGUCUCCUGGACAUCAACCGCAUGACGCACAAGCUCCUCAGUAAGUUCCUGACCCUGGACAGCAUGGACGCCAUGUUCCGGGAGGCCAACCACAACGUGUCGGCCCCGUACGGACGGAUCACCCUGCACGUCUUCUGGGAGCUCAACUACGACUUCCUGCCCAACUACUGCUACAACGGCUCCACCAACAGGUUCGUGCGCACCGUCCUGCCGUUCUCUCAGGAGUUCCAGAGGGACAAGCAGCCCAACGCUCAGCCCCAGUACCUGUACGGGUCAAAGGUCAGGACGCUUUGUUUUGUUGGAUGUACAUUCUGGUUUUCUGUCAUUUUGACGGACAGGUUGUAAAGAUAAAAGAUCCGGUGUUCAGACACCGUUUUAGUUUUGGAAAUGAUUCCAACUGUCUUGUAUUGUAAUUUCAGCUUUCGACUGACGUGUGUGCGUGAAUCUUUGAUAAACAGAACAAGAUAGAUUGUGUCUCUAUAAAGGAUCUAAGGGAGUGGAAAGAAAAGACGCCAUUAUACAUUUUUCCAUUA